CACGAGGCCUCAACAUGCGUAUGGAGAAGUGUUAUUUCUGUUCAGGGCCCAUCUACCCCAGCCACCGCAUGAUGUUCGUCAGCAAUGAUUGCAAGGUAUUCAGAUUCUGUAAAUCCAAAUGUCAUAAGAACUUUAAAAAGAAGCGUAAUCCUCAAAAGGUCAGGUGGACUAAAGCAUUCCGGAAAGCAGCUGGCAAAGAGCUUACAGUGGAUAACUCAUUUGAAUUUGAAAAACCUAGAAAUGAACCUGUCAAAUACCAGCGAGAACUAUGGAAUAAAACUAUUGAUGCAAUGAAGAGAGUUGAAGAGAUCAAACAGAAACGCCAAGCUAAAUUUAUAAUGAACAGAUUGAAGAAAAAUAAAGAGCUACAGAAAGUUCAGGACAUUAAAGAAGUCAAGCAAAACAUCCAUCUUAUCCGAGCCCCUCUUGCAGGCAAAGGAAAGCAGCUGGAAGAAAAAAUGGUACAGCAGUUACAACAGGAUGUGGACAUGGAGGAUGUUUCUUAAAAAUCUGACC